AUGAGUACGGAUACAGGAAAGCUCCGUGUUCUAAUGGCACUAGGUAAAAUAUUUCAUUGCCACAUUUUGGUAUUUGCAACAAGAAAUGCUUGCAGUUACCAGGGAAAAUGCAUCCGUGUAGAAUGCGUGGAACGUAAACAGGUUAACGAAACUACAGAAAAGCUUUCUGAUAUGCAGCACGGGUUCGAGGAGUUAGUAAAUUGUCGGUCACCACCCAUUUUCCUUGAAGACGGAGACAGAAUACGCAUCAGCUUACGAGGUGGAAUAAAACUUCCACUGGGAUUCAGAAAAGAUCAAAUGAUUAUAACAUUCCUCCUUGAAGGCUUACAAAAGCACAUCGUUUUUCCAGUGGAGACUCAAAUAGGAAACAGACCAGUUCAUUUUGGUUACUUAGACUUCAACCGAGUCGACGGUCACAGAGAAUUGAUUUACGAAACUUUCUUUGAUGCUGACUUUACGUUUAGGAAGAUGUCACAGGGUAGGUAUAUCAAAGACAUUAAUAAAUUCAGUAUUACCUAUUUUGACUUUAUUGACAUCAUUUUCUUGUCUUUUCCAGGCACAACAGAAGAUCAGCAGGUCACGAUACCCAUUGUCCUAGAAAGAGUCAUCAAUACUUUGACAACUUCGAUUCCACCCAAAGAUUGGAAAUUCGUAUUGAGAGCUAUUAUCGGUAACAGUGGGCUGAAUUCCGAGAACAUCAUUUCGGAGGCAGAGUGUAACCACAAAGGUGACGUGAAGGAGGCCAUCUACCAGUCGCUAACGAGAUGGGCUUACAAGACAAGCCUUACGACAACAGAACAGAAAUUUAAUGCAAUUAUACAAGGACUUUUACAUGAAAAUUUCGACGCAAUUGCAAACGAUCUGAAAGAAAAAUAUGAUAAACUUUGA